AGAGGCAGAGGCGGUACCGCGUCGCGGGCCUUGUAGCCAUUUUAGGAGGAAACCCAGUUCGCUGGCUUGGGGCGCGGUUUCAAUUUCAAUAACUUUAUUGGUCUCCUUGUACGCCGAACAGCCGGCGUGCGUGUAGCCACGCGAGCCCGGAGCGCAUCCCCAGAGGUUGCCCCCGACUGGAGCUGCAGCCAUGGGAAACACCACCAGCGAGCGGGUGUCUGGGGAGCGCCACGGUGCCAAGGCUGCUCGAGCUGAGGGCGGCGGCCAUGGCCCGGGAAAGGAGCACAAGAUCAUGGUGGGGAGCACUGACGACCCCAGCGUCUUCAGCCUGCCCGACUCCAAGCUCCCCGGGGACAAAGAGUUUGUACCCUGGCAGCAGGAUUUGGACGAUUCUGUGAAGCCCACCCAGCAGGCCCGGCCCACCGUUAUCCGAUGGUCCGAAGGAGGCAAGGAGGUCUUCAUCUCUGGGUCCUUCAAUAAUUGGAGCGCCAAGAUCCCACUGAUUAAGAGUCAUAAUGACUUUGUGGCCAUCCUGGAUCUUCCGGAGGGCGAGCACCAGUACAAGUUCUUUGUGGAUGGACAGUGGGUUCAUGAUCCAUCCGAGCCUGUGGUUACCAGUCAGCUUGGCACAAUUAAUAAUUUGAUCCAUGUCAAGAAAUCUGAUUUUGAAGUAUUCGAUGCUUUAAAGUUAGACUCUAUGGAAAGCUCUGAGACAUCAUGUCGAGACCUGUCCAGCUCACCCCCAGGGCCUUAUGGCCAAGAAAUGUAUGUGUUUCGAUCUGAGGAGAGAUUCAAAUCCCCACCCAUCCUGCCCCCUCACCUACUCCAAGUUAUUCUUAACAAGGACACUAAUAUUUCAUGUGACCCAGCCUUACUUCCCGAGCCCAAUCAUGUUAUGCUGAACCAUCUGUAUGCACUGUCCAUUAAGGACAGUGUGAUGGUCCUUAGUGCAACCCAUCGCUACAAGAAGAAGUAUGUCACCACGCUGCUCUAUAAGCCCAUCUGAAGAGGACAUCACUCCUUGCCGCCAAGGAUUCUGGAGAAGCAUCUCCCUUGCCUUUGAACUGAGCUGGCCUCCUCUGAGGCUGGCAGGCUGAUUUGUUUUGAGGCUGAUGUGUGUGUCAGAGCCUCUGAUAGGGUGCUCUGCUUUGCAUUUGAUUGCAGAUGAGAGCUUUAUGAGUUCAUGGAGUUUAUUUUAAGAAACACAAAACCAUAUAUAUGCAUAUGAGAGGACGGUUACUGGAAGCCUCCUGGCCCAGCUGUACACGUUCUCUCUGCCCAUGGGUAGUCGCCAGGGCCUGCCUGGGAAGCUGUGGCUGCAGGAAUGGGUAUACCAGAAGCUUCUUUUUCUAAAGUGAAAGAAUAGCAAACUCUUAGGAUCCUUGUUGGGCAAAGGUUCUGGACCACUGGUGUCCAAGGGUCAGCUGUGUGCCAGGCUGCUGCCCUACUUAGAGCUGCCUCAUUUCAGGGUGGCUUUCCUUGCAUGGAUUGAUUCUGUAUUCCCACACUAUGUGACACAAUCUACUGUGUUUUUAUAUGACACUAGAUGCCCCACAAGAACCCUCCUCAUUUUAUGUACCCCAUUUAAUAGCAUCCCUCAGAUCUCAUACAUGAUCCAGUAAUGCAAAACUCACUGGGCGAGGAACCCUUUUGAAAAGUUUGUGGGAUUAGACUCACCUUAGAGGCUGGAGGUGUCAGGGUCUCCUUUUUAGCUCAGCAAAGGCCUAACCCAGUGUGUUACAAUUUAUUUUAACAUCUAGAAAAAAGAAAUGCAGAUCUUUGUGUUUCGGUGUGGUCCUGUAUUUUGGCUGCAUGGGCCUGUUUCCGGUUUUUCUUUAUCAGAGCAGUCCGUAGAUAGGCUUGGAAUUAGGGAAACCUUCCAUAUCUUUGAUCCCUGGAAGAUUUUUUUAUGUGCCUACAUUUUUUUAAUUAAAAAACAAAAAGCAUAUCCAUCCAUUUUAACAGGCUAUUAAAGAACCUCAGGCUUUUGACAAAUGGUCAAGAUUUCCCUCUCUAGUCUAGGCAAGUCUACAGUCUUGGGUUAAUAUGGCCAGCCAUGUGUACCUCGCUACCCAAGCACGACUCUAGACACAAGUUCAUACAGGCUCAUUGGAUGCUCAUGCUAGAUUUCCCUACCUUUAAAGAUGUGUAAGGCAAGGAACUACUCCCGGUAUUCAUAACCAUGUACAGUAUUGCUCUUUGCACCAAAUAUUAACGAAGUUUUUUUUUUUUUUCUUUUGCCUCUUCCUUUUAAAUGUGUUUGAUGAUCGAGUGGGGUCACUGAUAACCACUGAGAAGUAUUCCAACCUACUCAGGAUUCAAAGAAAAUAUUUUUCCAAGUAUCUUGACACUUCCAUUUUACAGAUAAAUGCAAGUCAAACAUGAAGCACUGUUUAUGGCUGAGAGACUUCAUGUCUCCCGAGAUGAGCCAGCCACAUUGAAAGGGACCUCUUGGUCAGCUCAGCUACCUCCUGGCUUUCCCACAUGUUGGUGGCACAGCAGUCCUCUGCACACCUUUGAGACCUCUGAUCACAAGCGUGACUAGGAAGAUGGGGUGUUUCACAGGAAAUACAGAUUGUUCAAUGCCUUGAUAGAUGAGUCCCAGGAGUACAUGCAACUUCAGCCAUCCAAGCUGCCUCCUUCGCCUGAGACUUGUGGAGAACCCUCGUGGUCCAGUCAGCUUUCUGAAUAGUGUGCCAUUUUGAAAACCAAGGUCUCAUCAUGGUUCUUUAUCAACUCUAAAACUCUUCAGUUACACUGGAAGGUUUUAUUUAUUUAUUUUCUGCUUUUCCUCAGUGCUGAUUUAGCAGUUGGCCACCUAGGAGGAUUCAAAGCCUUGAUUGUUUCACAGUGGAAGUGUUUAUCUGCACUUCCUGUUAACAGUGGGAGCUGGGAUUGCCUGUGCAUUUGUGUAUUAAGUUUUUACUCCACACAGUUGAAGCACUAGGGGGUGGGGGAAGCUGUCUGCAGUCUCUCAGGCUGCUGCUCCUCAGUCAGUGAGGCUGUGGUGGUAGAUCAGCCGGUGCCGAUAACCUUCACAUUCUUCUCAUCUGGAAGUGAAGGAGACAGUUAGAAGGGCUGGCUGGUGACUUGCCAGCACUGGCUCUGUCACCAGGAAACACUUGUGAAGGGACAGAGGAGGGUACUGCUUUUCUCUUACUUUAAGAGACAGUUUGUUUUCUACAGUAGAAAGUUGGGCAGAAUUCAGAAAUAAAUCAAGGCAAAACUUUUUUUUCUUUCCCUGUCUAUGGGAAUUUUGCAGGGUCAGUUGGCAGAGUAAAACAGCACCUAAGGAGGGCUAAGACGGAAACACUGGUAGUGCAAUCGGUAGCUAUGGGGAAAGGAAGGCAGUGAGGAGCCAGAGGGUGUGAGAAGGAACCUGAAGGCUCAGAACCCCUGCGAGAGUUCAAGCAGACACAGCCUGGAUGCUUGGAGUUCAUUGUACAAACAGGUUAGCAGCCCAGAAGCUGUCUUUCUCGUCCUGUUGCCCUGUUCUCUACCUUUCCUCUGCAUUCUGUUUGACUUUUCGUAUCAGUAAGACAGGUUCACCAGGGUCUCAAAGCAAAUGUGACCUAGACAGUGUGAAGAGCUUUUGCGCCAUGGUUAUUAGCUUCCUGUCAACUAGACCUGAGAAGGAUUUAGCCAAUGUAGGCCACACCUCUGAAGGGCACAACUAGCUUCUUCAAGAGCCCUGGCCUCUUGGGUCUGAAGAACAAAGGAAGAAUCCCCGUUUCUGAGAGGAACCUUGACCCACCCAUCCCUGUUGGUUUUGGCUUCUUGUAGAUCUAACAGAUCUUAUGUAAACCUUUUGAAAAGUGUCACUAUUGCAUGCAUGCUGCUAAAGUGAUGUGACGUGAAAGUGGGGAACAGGGCUUUUAAAUGUUUGACCUCAAAACAAUAUGCAAUAGUCCCUGUGUGUGUGUAUGUGUAUGUGCACGUGCACAUGUGUGUAUGUGAUAUUCACUCUGUUCUCAGAAAUACUUUGUCCUCAUAUUCUUGUGAUUUGGGGCUUAAGAGCAGAUAAAUAUUUUGUUCCUGUGUUAUAACUGAUCCUCAAAGCCAAGUUCUUGCUGACUACUGUUGGCUGCAGACUCCAGUUACUCAUGAAUAUGAGACUUGGAAGAAGGACGGACUCUGGGUCUAGGCAUUUGUCUUUAAGUGACAGUCACGACUGGAGAUUGAAGGACUAAUUUCUGCAGUGAACAUAAGUUUGGAGUAAAAAAGCCAAUUAUUUUUUUCAAUUAUAGGAAAGGAAAAAAUUACAAGUCUCUUGUAGGAUUCACUGCCUCUAGGAUUUGAAACUGGAUCUGUCUCAGCUUGUGCUUUUUCUUACCAUCCUUUGAAGUAGCUUCAUUCAAAAUUAAAAUAGUAAUUCCAACAUUAUUGGGGUUGGUUUGAAUUAAGUGUGGCACAGAACUUUUGCAGUAAGUUUGAUGUAAAAUGCUAAGUAUUAGGGAUUUGUAGGUGUCGCGUUACAUACUCGAGGGACACUUACAGUAAGUGUUGUAGCAGGUGUCGGUCAUGUUGGGUUCUCUCUGAGCACUUUCCUCAGCUUUGUAGGACAGCCAGACAUCAGUGUUAAUGUGUCCUAAAUUCUGUGCUGGGAGGCCCAUGUGAGGCAUAUUUGAACUUGGCAGGUGCUGGUUGUUUACACGAAGCACUUUGAGUUAUAAAGCAGGCUGACCUAAUUUGAAGGCAGGUAAGUGAGUGUGAGUCUCCAACGGUGCUGUUGGUGAUCUUCGAUGCUCACAUGCAGAGCUGCUUCAGUGUCUCACAAACCGGACACAAGUCAAGACUUUAAAGCUUCUCUCCACAUGUGUGACUCAACACCAGACUCUGCCUGAAAACUGUUUAACACACAAAAAUGUUGGUUUGUUUUUCCAUAAAACUGUUUAAUAAAAGUGUUAUAUAGCAAUAA